GAAUCUAUUUAAGCGGUCGCUCGCGGCGACGCCUUCGUCCACACCAACACACAAACGGGACAAGAGGAGGAGGGGAAGAGGAGAGAAAUAAUAGCAGCAGCAGCACAGAGUAGCAGCAACAGCAAAGGUUCUAGCUGAUAUAUUUGAAGAUCUUUAUCAAUAAUUUAUGUGCCUGGCCUUUAUGCGAGAUUCUUCAAGGUGAUGAACAGAACUCAACCCUGGACCUCCAUGUCUGGGGGUGCAUGCUCCAACCUUGGACUUGUUCAAAGUGACAUGAAUGGUGGUGCCCCUUUUAGCACUACAAAUUCCUCUGGUCCAAGCAUUGGAGUUAGCUCUUUGGUGACAGAUGCCAACUCAUCACUCUCCGGAGGUGCCCAGUUACAGCCAAGUACUAGCAUGAAUGCUGAUUCAUUCAUGCGUGUUCCUGCCUCACCAAUUUCAUUUUCAUCAAAUAAUAUCUCUGGCUCUUCAGUCAUCGAUAGCUCCAUCAUGCAGCAAAGUCCACCCCAAGAGCAGGUGCAGAAGCGGAGGUCUUCAAGUGUAACAUCACAACCUGUGAUUGAGGCUGGGGGCGCAUUGCAUGCUCAGAAGAAAUCAAGAAUUGAUGUUAGGCAAGAUGAUAACGUGCAAAAUCAGUUGAUUCAUAAGCUGCUCCAUGGUCAGAGUUCUCUUCAUUUCCAUGGGCAACAGAGCCCACAGCUUCAAGCUUUGAUCCAGCAGCGUAAUCUGGCUCAGAUUCAGCAACGACAGCAGCAGCAGUUGUUGCAACCAUUUUCUCAGUUACAACAAUCUCAAGUUGGCAUCCCUCGGCAGCCUCAGCUUAGGCCACCACUAGCACAGCCUGGAAUGCAGCUAGGUGGUCCUGUUAGGGCUCCUGUCAACAGUGGGCUUUGUUCUCGCAGGCUAAUGCAGUAUUUAUAUCACAAGCGUCAUCGCCCAGAGAAUAAUCCCAUUACAUACUGGAAGAAGCUUGUUGAGGAAUAUUUUGCACCACAGGCAAGAGAAAGGUGGUGUGUGUCUUCUUAUGAAAAGAGAGGGAAUUCCUUAGUUGCUACUCCACAUUCAGCUCUGGAUACAUGGCGCUGUGACAUUUGCAAUACACAUGGAGGGAAAGGAUAUGAGGCUACCUAUGAAGUACUUCCUAGACUCUGUCAAAUUAGAUUUGACCAUGGUGUUAUCGAUGAAUACCUAUACCUUGACAUGCCAAAUGAAUUCCGGUUGCCGAAUGGAUUAAUCCUGCUGGAGCAUACAAAAGCUGUUCAAAAAAGUGUUUAUGAACAUCUACAUGUUACACACGAGGGGCAUUUGAGAAUCAUUUUCACACCAGAACUGAAGAUAAUGUCCUGGGAGUUCUGUUCACGGCGAUAUGAAGAUUAUAUCACUCGCAGGAUCCUAGCACCACAGGUAAACAAUCUGCUGCAAGUUGCCCAGAAGUACCAAGCUGCUGCCAGUGAAAGUGGGCCAGCUGGGAUAUCAAACGGCGACGCGCAAACUAUUUGCAACAUGUUUGUGACUGCAUCACGACAGCUAGCGAAAAAUCUUGAGCAUCACACCUUAAAUGAACAUGGACUUUCAAAAAGAUAUGUUCGCUGCCUGCAGAUAUCAGAGGUUGUGAAUCACAUGAAGGACUUGAUUGAGUUCAGCCACAAGAACAAUCUUGGUCCUAAAGAGAGCCUGAAUAAUUAUUGCAAACAAACUAUACCAAAGCUUUCAGUACAAAAUAUGCAUGAGGCAAGACAGCUCAUGGCUGCUGCUGGCCUUCCCAAUAACCAGAGCAAUAUCCAAGUCAUGGGGGUCAAACAAGAAAUAAGCGCCCAUGUGAAUGGGACUCCUGGUGUUGGGGCCGUUGGUAAUAAUAUUCCACAGAAUGCCGCAGCACUAAACAGUUACCAGAAUAUACUCAGAAGCUCCAGUGCAAAUCAGAGGCUUCAGCAGGAGGCAUCGGGUGUCUUCAAAAGCCCUGCAGCAAUGCACAAUGGCAUACAGCUGGAAGCAUCCACAUCCUUCCGUGGACCUAACCAAGUGCAGUUUGCGCAAUUCCAACACCCCUCGUCAUUUCAGCAGCAAAUGCCGCAGCAAAACAAUCUCUCGGGCUUGGGUGUGAGCCCACAAUACCAGCAGCAUGUGAUUAAUCAGCUGCUGCAGGAAGUUAAGAAUAAUAACAACCGCGCUUUUGGGCAGCAACCACCUCCAGGUACACCUAUUGGAAACAGUGGUCUUGCAUCAGGAGCUGCUAUCACAAACAGUGCUGCUGCUGGAGAGCAGACACAGCAUACCAAUAACAAUAACGGCGCGGUAAAGGGUGCAGACCGAGUCAGUACUGGGCCUAGCAAUGUGAUCAACAACACAGGUGGCAUCGCCCCCAGCAGAAGUAACAGUUUCAAGUCAGUGAGCAGCAACCCAGCUGCUGCAACCGGAGGCAAUGCCACAACUUCAAAGUCCGAGUCGUUUCAUGAUAUUGACAACCUCGACAAUCUCAUCACUAAUGAACUGAUGGGAAGUGGGCUGUUCAUGGGGGAGCAGGGCGGUAAUGCAUUCUCGUGGAACAACUGAGAGUACAUAAACGUUUCACUACCAGAGUUGGCAGGAAGCGUUAAGCAAGAACAGCCUGCUUGGCUGCUGCUAAUGUGGAAACUAGCUAGUGGUGAUGCAAAGUUGCCCUAGAUUGUAGUUUCUAGUGGUGAUGAGUUGCCCUAGAUUGUAGUUUCUUGUCUUAUGUCCUCUCUCUUUUUUGGAGUUUUUGUAUUGCCAUUCCGGACAGCUUCUGAUGAUCGUACAUUGAUGUUACUUGAGAUGUGUGAGAUAGUGAGUUGAGUUUGGCUUGCGAAUUCCAGGGCAGUGCAACAUAUCAGCUUCUCCA